AUGGCUCUCCUCAUAGAGAAGACCUCCUCCGAGUGCAAGUGCAAGGUGAAGGACCUCUCCCAGGCCUUUAGUUGCCUGGAGAUCGCCGCCGCCAGAGGAACUAUGUCAGUUGAUCGUAAUUGGAUGUACCACCGACUUAGUGAAAAUGGUUAUAUAAGAGCUGAGUUCUGUGAUGGAGUUAAAGGGUUCCUUGAGUUUGCAUUUACUCAGUUAGAGUAUUGUAGUGGUGAUAAGAUUAGAUGCCCUUGUAUGAGAUGUGACAACCAGAAAUUUCUUAACCGUGAUACGGUCAAUGUUCAUCUGUUGAGAAAGGGGUUUACACCGGGGUAUUCAACAUGGUUUGCACAUGGGGAGUUACUUGGUGCAGUUGCUCCUGUAAGUACAAGUGCAGUAGAAGCAUCCACAUCAAUGGAUGUUGGUUGUGAACAUGGUCAGCAAUAUAGAACCAUGGUGAUGGAAGCUAUGGGUCCAGAAGAGGAACUCCAUUUGAGUAGUGCACUUGAAGUUAAUCAUGAGGAAGAGCCAAAUAAGGAUGCUGCAGAUUUUUAUUCUUUGUUGAAAGAUGCAGAAGUACCUUUAUGGGAAGGGUGUAAAAAAUACUCUAAGUUAUCUGCUAUUACUCAAUUAUUAAAUUGCAAGUCUGAAUUUAAUAUGAGUAUAUCUUGCUAUGAUCGAAUCAUGAAAAUAGUGAAGAAUAUGUUGCUGGAAAGUGAGAAGCUGCCCCUUGAUUUCUAUCAAUCAAAGAAGAUGCUUUGGAAGUUGGGGUUGGAGUAUACAAGUAUUGAUGUUUGUGAGAAUAAUUGUAUGCUAUUCUAUAAGGAAACAGAGAAUUUGAUUGAGUGUACUAUUUGUGGUCAUCCUCGAUAUAAAAUCAGAAGAAAUGAUGGUGGUGGUAGGAGAAAAGAUGUUCCUUAUAGAAGGUUGCGAUAUCUUCCAAUAACACCAAGACUUCAGAGGCUUUUUAUGUCAAGCAGAACGGCUGAAAACAUGUCAUGGCAUGUAAAGGGAGGUGAUUCAGAUGAGAUGGUGCAUCCUGCUUGUGGGGAGGCUUGGAAGCACUUUGACCGCAUUCAUCCAUCCUUUUCUACCGAGCCUCGUAAUUUGAGACUUGGGUUAUGUACAGAUGGUUUUAACCCUUUUAGCCAAUCAGCUCGUCCUUAUUCCUGUUGGCCAGUUUUCGUAACAGUUUACAAUCUUCCACCAUCAAUAUGUAUGAAACGACCCUACAUUUUUCUAAGUUUAGUCAUUUCUGGACCUAAGAGCCCCGGCAAAAGUAUCGAUGUCUUGCUUAGGCCUUUGAUUGAUGAACUUAAAAUAUUGUGGGAAGUAGGGGUCACCACUUAUGACAUUUUUAGAAAAGAGAAUUUUCAAAUGAAGGCAGCUUUAUUGUGGACUAUCAACGAUUUUUCUGCAUAUGGCAUGCUUUCAGGAUGGAGUACACAUGGAAAGUUGGCAUGCCCGUAUUGUAUGGAGAACUCAAAAACUUUUACACUACAACAUGGUGGGAAGACUUCUUUUUUUGACUGCCAUCGUCAAUUCUUGCCCAUGGACCAUGCAUACAGAUACCAAGUUGAUGGUUUCUUCAAUGGUAGAAUAGAGACAGACCCCCCACCUCCUCGAGUGUCUGGUGAGGAGUUGAAAAAUAGGGUCUCUGCCUUGCCUAAUGUAACUUUUGGUUCGAAAGCUCCUAAGCACACCAUUCCUGGAUUCGGGAAGACUAAAGAUAAUGUGAAAGCAAGGCAAGAUUUAGAGCUGUAUUGCAAGCGUCCCAAGUUGAGGAUUCAAUUUGUUAAUGGAAAGCUAGUUAAGCCUCCAGCUUCCUAUGUAUUGUCCAAAGACCAAGCAAUGGAGGUCUGCGAGUGGGUGAAAGGGUUAAGACUCCCUGAUGGAUAUGCUUCAAACAUAUCGAAGUGUGUUAACCUGGAUGAUUAUAAGUUUUACGGGUUAAAAAGUCACGAUUGUCAUGUUUUCAUGCUGAGAUUGCUUCCAAUUGCAUUCCGUGAAGUAUUGCCAGCACCAGUGUGGGAUGCAUUGACAGAAUUAAGCUGUUACUUUAGAGAUUUAUGCAACACAACUUUGCGUGUCCAAGAUAUGGAGGUUCUUGAGAAAAAUAUUGUGGUAACUCUCUGCAAACUUGAGAAGAUAUUUCCUCCUGCAUUUUUUGACUCAAUGGAGCACUUACCUGUUCAUUUAGCUUAUGAAGCUAAAGUUGGGGGGCCCGUGCAGUACAGAUGGAUGUACCCCUUUGAAAGGUAA